CUCAAACCCCCUCCUCGAGAUAGAUCGCAUCGGCACUAGUCCCUGGGAAAUCCGAGACCAGGAGAGCAGAAAUGGCUACGAUAAUCGGGAUCUCGGGGCCUUCCUCAUCGGGCAAAACCACCCUGACGAGACUGUUGCACCGGAUCUUCAAUUCCACCUCCCCAACAACCAGCGCGAAUUCCAAUGCCAGUGACAAUGCCAACUCCAACCCUUUGAAAACAUUCAUCAUCCACGAAGAUGACUUCUACUUCCCUGAUGACCGAAUCCCCACCACCACCCUCCCCUCCGGCAAAACAAUCCAAGACUGGGAUUGCGCGGCCGCAAUCGACAUCCACCUCCUCAGCGCCUCUCUCACCUACGUGCGCACAAACGGGACCCUCCCGCCCCGUCUCCUUAGCAAAGAAGACCAGAACGAAGUCAGCGACUCGGGCGUGUCCGAGGACGUGGUUCUCGGGCUGCGGAGGAGUGUCCAGGAGCGGAUUGCCGCCCGGCGCGGGGGUCAGCGCACGGUGGCGUUUCUGGAGGGGUUUUUGCUGUAUGCGCCGACGGGGAUAGCGGAGGCGGAGGCUGAAGGGGAGGGGGAGGGGCAUCCGUUGCGAGACGUGCAUGGGUUGAUUGAUGUGCGGUUGUUUUUGCCGGCGCCGUAUGACCAGGUGAAGAGGAGGAGGGAGAGUCGGAGUGGGUAUGUGACGAUUGGGCCGGCGCCGACGCCGACGGCCACGACGAAGGAGAGCGCGGGGGAGGAGGAGAGGGGGGAAGUGGAUUUGGAGGGGGAGGAUGAUCGGCCGCCGCAGAAUUUCUGGACGGAUCCGCCGGGAUACGUGGAUGAUAUUGUGUGGCCGCGGUAUGUGCAGGAUCAUGCGUGGUUGUUGCUCCCGGAAGGUGAAUCGGGACAGGGAGAUGCGACUAGCUGUCUUGGAGUCGAUCCUCAGGAGGUGGUUAAGCUGGUGGGACAAGGCGUUAAUGUGAGGACCGAUGCUGGAGUUACGGUGGCACCCGGUCAGGGAGAUAUACCGAUGGUGGACAUCCUGCAGUGGGCAGUGGAGGAGGUGAUGAAAUAUCUGGAGACUUCACAAUAGAACGAGUAGACCAAUUUCAGCUGCAUAUCACAUGUGUAGGU